AUGCAGAUUGGGCUGGUCAACUGGACAGGGGGGUACCUGACUGGUGAAUGCUAUGGUGAUGGUGUCAGUGUCUUGGGCAACUCACUGGGCAAGAAGCAGACCUGGGAGCUGAAGGUCACCGCGAAGCAACGAAAGCAGGUGGUGGUGGUGGCACUGGUUGGGUAUCAAGGACAGCGCCUCCUGGUGGAUGCCGAUGGCACAGUCCGGUGUGGGCAGCCCGUGUCGGACAAACAGGGCCAGUUCCUGCUGGAGGUGCAUCCGAGCGGGGCGUGGACCCUCCAGCAGCCAGAGAGCAAGAAGUACUUGGAGUCGGAUGGGGAGGACGUCUUCUGUGUCACCCACAGCCUGACUUCCCGCCACAUGUGGAUGCCCCAGCUGGCCAUGCAUGUCCAUGUGGUCCUCUUCAACCCAAGCAGCCAGCUCUAUGCUCGGACGGAUCCAGAGCUGAACCGGGUCUGGGUAGACACCCCCGUGCCUUACCCUGAGGAGUGCAGCUUCAUCCUGAGGUUCCGGAAAGGCGCCUGCCAUUUGGAGACCUCCAACCACAAGUUCGUCUCCAGAUUAGAGGAACUUGCCACGGUGCCCUCAGCAGAGACGGCUUUUCACCUCAACCUCAAGCCGGGCUCCUUAGUGGUCCUGACGGACAGGGAUGGGCACAUCUUGUACCCGCAGGGCAGUCGUGGGCGCCUGUGCCUCGGAGACAGCCCCACGGACGACAAGGAGUGGUUUGUCAUCGAGAGGUGUCCACCGUGGGUCAGCCUGAAAACUGGCACCAAGAGAUACGUGAGCGUCCUAUGUGACUCUGAAGUGUACGCUGGCUCCAAAAAGGUGACUCCAAUGUCUGCAUUCCUGUUUGAAGUUGACCCUGAUACCAAAACUGUGCAGUUGAAAGAUGUUCACCACAAGUACCUGGCUCAGAGGCAAUUCAAGAGCGUGAUGGCCAACGGUUACAGCAAAGAGCCAGAGACCAAGUUCCGUGUCCUGUGGCAUUAUGGGAAUAUCUUCCUGAGAGCCCUCAAUGGCCGCUACCUGGGCACCCUGCCAGUUGGGCUGGUGGUAGCCAGAGCCGUGCGCCCAGGGCCCAGCGAGGAGUUUGCGCUGCGCCUGGCCAACCGCUCCUUCGUGGUGCUGCGCGGCCGGUACGGCUACGUGGGGAGCUCCGCCGGCCACGAGCUGCUGCAGUGCGACCUCCUGGAGCCCGACUGCGUGGAGCUGCUGCCCUGCAAGCACGGCGUCUACCACCUCCGGAGCCGCGGCAAGAGCUUCUGGUCGCUGACUGCGGAAAGGACCUUCAAGACCUGGGGCACGUUUGCCCUGAAUUUCUGCCUAGAGAUCCGAGGGAAGAACCUGCUGGCGGUCCUGGCCCCCAACGGCUGCUACUUGCGGGGGGACCGGGAGGGGCCCCUCGUGGCCGACAGCGAGGAGGUGACCCCCGAGUGCCUCUGGGAAUUCUAGGCCCAGGGAAGACAGCUACCUUCAAGUGACGUGAAAUGUCAGUGG